CCAAAGAGGCGAAGCCUGUUCCUAGUGAGACCGAUGACAUGAAUCCUCCAGUGCAGCUUCAUGUAAUGCUGCAGUUUGGAUCCAUCAGCAGUACUUCUUCCCUUCCCCAGAAAAGACAGAAGGAAUUGGCUGGCAGAUAUGGAGCAGAACUGGGCAAGUACACAGAUAGGGGCCAUUUUCAGAACACUGAAUUCUGCAGGGAGACUGGCAUUGUCCAGGGAAUGCUUGAGUAA